AUGUCGUCCCCUUCGCCAUCUUUGCGGAAAAGAACCGGAAAGAAGGAGGCUUACACUGCAUUGCCUUCCGAUGAUGGCUCUUUGAUCCCCGUUGCGCCGGUCAAAAAGUCGGAAUGGGACUAUUGGCUGGCCAUAGUCAUCCUUACCCUUCUGGCUUUCGCGACGCGAUUCUACCGCAUUGACUAUCCUAACGAGGUUGUCUUUGAUGAAGUCCACUUCGGAAAGUUCGCUUCCUAUUACCUCCAACGCACCUAUUUCUUCGAUGUGCACCCACCUUUUGGAAAGCUGCUGUUUGCCCUCGUGGGCUGGUUGGUUGGAUUUGAUGGAAGUUUCCUUUUUGAGAACAUUGGCGACUCCUAUAUCGAAAACAAUGUGCCCUACCUCGCCCUGCGCGCACUUCCGGCCACCCUGGGCACCCUGACUAUUCCUGUGGUGUUCCUCAUCAUGUGGGAGUCUGGUUACUCUUUGCCUGCCUGUGUCCUUUCUGCGGGUCUGAUGGUGUUUGACAACGCUCACGUGGGCGAAGACCGUCUGAUCCUCUUGGAUGCGACCCUCGUGCUGUCCAUGGCGCUCAGUGUUCUGUGCUACGUCCGGUUCUACAAGCUGCGUCACGAACCAUUUGGUCGGAAGUGGUGGAAGUGGCUCUUGCUGACUGGCUUCUGUCUGAGCUGCGUUAUCUCCACCAAAUACGUCGGUUUCUUCACCUUCGUGACCAUUGGUGCCGCCGUCCUGAUCGACCUGUGGAACCUCCUUGAUAUCAAGCGUGAACAAGGAGCUCUGAGCAUGAUCACCUGGGGCAAGCACUUUGUUGCUCGCGCUGUUGGACUCGUUGUUAUUCCAUUCCUUUUCUACCUGUUUUGGUUCCAGGUCCACUUUGCUAUUCUUACUCGCUCCGGUCCGGGUGACGACUUUAUGACACCCGAAUUCCAGGAGACCUUGAGCGACAACCAAAUGACUGCGCAGUCUGUUGGAAUCCAAUACUUCGACACCAUCACCAUGCGCCACAAGGACACCAAGGUCUUCCUCCACAGCCACUGGGACAAGUACCCUCUGCGCUAUGAUGAUGGCCGCAUUUCCAGUCAGGGCCAGCAGGUCACUGGUUACCCCCACAAUGAUACCAACAACCAGUGGCAGAUUGUGCCUGGUGUGCCUCUUGUUGACCCCUCCAAGCCCCAGAGCGUGCGAAACGGCGAUGUUAUCCAGCUCCGCCACCUUGGAACCGAGAGCUACCUCCUGACCCACGAUGUCGCCUCUCCAUUCUUCCCCACCAACCAGGAGUUCACCACGGUCUCUCAAGAGCUAGCGGACGGUGAGCGUCACAACGAUACUCUGUUCGAGCUCAAGAUCGAGUCAGCCAAGGCCAACCAGGAAUUCCGAACUCUUGCUAGCUUGUUCAAGUUGGUUCACGUUCCCACUCGCGUGGCUCUGUGGACACACACGACUCCCUUGCCUGAGUGGGGUUACAAGCAGGCGGAGAUCAACGGAAACAAGAACAUCCUUCAGUCCAGCAACGCGUGGUAUGUCGAGAACAUUGAGAACUUGGCUGAGGAUAGCCCUCGCCUGGUCAAGGAGGAGCGUAAGGUCAAGACUUUGCCCUUCCUGCGCAAGUAUUUCGAGCUCCAGGGUGCCAUGUUCCACCACAACAAUGCUCUUACCAGCAGCCACCCCUACGCUACUGAGCCCUUCCAGUGGCCCUUCCUGCUCCGCGGUGUGAGCUUCUGGACCAAGAACGAUACUCGCGAGCAGAUUUACUUCCUGGGUAACCCCAUUGGAUGGUGGAUUGCUAGCAGUAUCCUGGCUGUGUUUGCCGGUAUUGUUGGUGCCGAUCAGCUUUCGCUCCGCCGCGGUGUCGAUGCAUUGGAAGAAAUCUGGGGCCCCGGCACUCGCUCGCGCCUGUACAACAGCACCGGAUUCUUGUUCCUUUGCUGGGCCGCUCACUUCUUCCCCUUCUGGCUGAUGGGUCGUCAGCGCUUCCUGCACCACUACUUGCCCUCUCACCUGGCAUCUACGAUGGUCUGCGGAGCUCUGGUUGAGUUCAUCUUCAACCUGCAGCCCCUCGACCCCCGCACUGCCCUCCCUCCCACUGACGACCCCACCGGCAAGUCCAAGGCUCAGUCCGUCAGCAGCCUGCGCCGCUUCGUCACCGCUCGGGAGCGUAUGGGCUGCAAGUCCCUCAUUGCAGGCUGGAUCGCUACCCUGGCCAUCCUGGCCGCCACGAUCUGGGGCUUCCUCUUCUACGCCCCGCUGACCUACGGUACCCCCGGUCUGGACGUGGCGGGCGUGACGGCCCGCAAGUGGCUGAACUAUGACCUGCACUUUGCCAAAUAA